CGUGUCUUUCGAGCUCGAAGAAUUUUUGCUGUUCCUUGAAAGAGAGAUAAUAUACUGUACACUACUUAUGUUUACUUUAUAAAAAAUGCCUCCGAAAAAGAAGAAAGAAAUUAUCCCACCAUCGGAAAUAGAGCCUAUUAAAUCAGAGCCGGAAACCGUAGAAACGACCGAAUCCGAAGCUACGAAACAGAUAUCUUUGCUCACCGGCGAACCUUAUGGACCUCGAGUGCGUAUUAUCAGCGAAAAAGCUGAAGAGCAGAGUUCGGAUGACGAGCCGGAAUCGGAAAGCGAAGAAGAGGCCAGAUAUCGCCAGGAAGAUCAUCCGGAAGUGCCUUCCGAGUUCUGGCAUAUACAGAAGCUCAUUAAGUACAUGAAGGCCGGCAACCAAACCGCCACUAUGGUGUCCUUGUGUCUGCUGAAGGAUUAUGAUCUCACUGACAAGAUCAUACAAAAGGCUAUUCAGGAAAUGGGCGGCCUCGAAGUUUUGGUGAACCUUCUGGAAACGAACGACAUCAAGUGUCAGAAUGGCUCGCUGUCUGUCCUGUUGCAAAUCGCGACUACCACGGAGAUGAAGCGAUAUUUGAUUGAUUUGGACAUCACGACGCCAUUGAUCCAAAUGCUGAAGCAUCCAGCUCGAGAUAUUCAGGUUUUAGCAGCCGAAACAAUGGCAAUUAUAACUCGAGUCAGGAAAGCUAGGAAGCAAAUCCGAAUUCGUGGUGGAGUACCGCUAAUACUAGACGUGAUGGAUGUGCCGGAUGAAGUCCUCCGUCGAUCGUACGACGACUUGAACGAGAUCAACAAGGAACUCGUGGCGGUCGCCAUCGGUUGCGCCAAGGUCCUGGAUUCCUUGAGCAGCAGUCCGAAGGUCAAGGAGGAGCUUCGCAAGCACGGAGUCGUUCGUCUGAUGUCACGCUUCUUGAGAUCAAAACAUACACAGCUGAUCAUACCGACGAUGGGCGUCGUGCAGCAGUGCGCUGAUCUGAGCGUUUUCAGAGAGGCGUUUGAGCGAGUGGGUAUGAUUGACGAGCUGGUGCGCCACUUGAGGAACGAGAAUGUGAAGCUGAAGGAGAAUUGCGCCCUGGCCAUCUUCAAGUGCGCCUCCAAUCGGGAGACCCGGACGAUGGUGCGUAGGGCAGGCGGCCUGGAUCCUCUCUGCAAGCUCGUCCAGAGCGACGAGGUGCGCGCCAACAAGCGACUACUGGCAGCGGUGACUGGCAGUGUUUGGAAGUGCGCCAUCAGUCCGGAGAACGUAACGAGGUUCAAUCAGAACGGUUUGGUGGCCUCGCUGGUGCCGCUGCUCGAGGAGAACGAGGACGAGCGUGUGUUGGCCAACGUCGUGGGCGCUCUCGCUGAAUGCUGCAAGGAUCCCGCUAACAGGGAGGUCUUGAGGACUAACGAGGGUCUACCGAAACUGAUCAGGUUGUUGAGCGCCACGUACCAGCCAUUACUCGAGAACGUGCCGUUGGUGCUGAAAGAGUGCGCCGUCGACGAGAGAUGCAUGGACAUCAUCAACGAUCCAGAGCACCGGCUAGACGGCGUGCGAUUGGUCUGGUCCCUACUGAAGCAUCCGAGCGACGUGAUCAAGCGUAACGCCUGUCUCGCCCUGGUACCCUGCAUCCGUCACGCCAAGGACUCGCCGGAAAUGGUGCGCGCCUUCGUGGGCGGCUUGGAACUCACAGUUAGCCUCCUGGAGAGCAAGGACACGGAGGUGCUCGCCGCGGUUUGCGCUAUGAUUGCGGAGAUCGCCGCCGAUCCCGAAAAUCUGGGCAUCCUGACGGAUCACGGGGUCGUGAAGAAGUUGGCUGCCCUCGUGCAAACUGAUGAUGAGAAUUUGCGGGCAAAUCUGACGUUAGCGAUAGCCUAUUGUUGCGAAUGGGAUCGGAAUAGUUACGAAUUUGGCAAACUAAAUGCCGUCGCACCGCUCGUUAAUUAUAUGACCAGCAAGAACAAGGACGUGCUAAAAGGCGUCUGCAUCGCCGUGUACCAUUUAAGCAAGGAGCCCUUAAACUGCGUGACCAUGCACACCUGCGGCGUUAUUAAGCACGUAUUGCGCUUGGUGGGUUCAGACGAUCCGGAGGUGCAGAUCGCAGCUGCGUCCACUAUUCGUCACAUAAGAAAGCUCGCAUUGACAGCCGAAAAAUUCCACUUUAAAGAAGUGAGCACGUUACAAGAAACUGAUUUUCGUGUAUGAGUGACAUCAGUUACAUCAAUAAAUUAGAAAAAAGAAGAGAAAGAGAAAAUAAAUGUAUAAAAUAAA